AUGCAGAGCGGCGGUACUGCAUUAGAUCUCAAGCUGCUGCUGCGUUUGCUAGCUCAAGGUGAGGAGCAAACGAGGCAACUGGAAACUAAUCUGGAGGUUGCUUUCCUGGUUCAGCAUUGCAAACCAUUGGCAGGACAGAUAAGGUCAACUUUGAAGGAAGCCAUAUCCAUGGCCAAACCAGUGGAUUCCGAAGGGUACUCACGGCAGCACGCGUGCACCAACCACGACGCAGCUGCAUCACACCCGCCUCGAUCGAACAACAGGAACCCCAGGCGCCGGAAUUCGGAAAGGGUCGUCAAGGAACAUGAACGCCGGAAGACGUGCGAGAACAGCAAAAUUCUACCCAAAUGGACGAGCCACGUUAGUGUUUCCAGCAGUGGAGCGAUCGAAGCACUAGAAGAUGGCUACAUCUGGAGGAAGUACGGGCAGAAGGAGAUCCUUGGAUCCAGGCAUCCGAGACAGAGUACUGGGCCAUUGGAUUUUUAUGAACACUGCAUUUUUGGAAAGCAGAAAAGAGACAACUUCAAUUAUUCGGCAAUUCACAAAACGAAAGGUGCUACUACAGAUGCACCUACCCGCAACGGCCUUGGAAGUCUUGCAACAAAGCAAGCGCAAGGAUGUGAUGAGGACCCCUGGGUCAUCGACAUCACUUGCCUCCAGAGGCCACAACCAGCUGCAGCUUCGGCACCCGUGGAACGAUACUUGCAGCGAGACCAGCGUAGGCCUCCCGUGAACGAGGCGGCACAGCACCCUCACCAGGAUCACCACCUGCACGGCUCGGACAUGCAAGAUCAAAGCUUGACUUCUUCCUUCUCCUUUCCUUCCACGCCACUCAGCGAUUAG